GCGAAUAAAACAGCCUGUGCUCCAGCUCUUCUUUACACACACAACAAACAUACUCUCUUCAUUUUCACCCUUCCCACUUUCCUUCUCCAUUUCUCUCCCCCCUCUCCUCCGCCGUCAAAUCGCCAUGUCCUCCGUCGCCAACACCUUCCAGAAGCCUCGCACCUUCCUCCCGUCAAGGCCUCUCCCCGACGCCCUCCCAGUCUCCCACACCGACUCCGCCGCCGAGCAAACCCUCCGCCGCCGCCUCUCCUCUCUCUCCCUCCGAAUCCAGCCAAUCUCCUCCCCUGCAACCGCAUGGGCGAUCCGAAAAUCCAAAUCCAUGUCCUCGAUCGGAGAUCUCGCCGGUAGCUCCGUCAGAAAGUGGUGGGACUGGGGCUGGGCCUGGAUCCUCUCUCGUAAGCCUAUCUUCGCCACGGAUCUCGAGAUGAACGAAGAGGAGUCCAAAAUCCUCGGAUCUCAAAACAGAGGUAGCUGGAGACACGUCUUCUUCAAGUUCAGAUCUGAAAUCAGAAAGCUCAUUGGCUCCGAUGUUGGCCUCCCCCAAACAACCUGCAACUACAAAUCCUUCAAUUUCUCCAACAAUGGCGGAAUCAGAACCUAAUUAAUUAAUCAGAUCAUUCUUUCCCGUCUUCCUCGCUUCAUUCGCAUCCAAUUGUUCUGUUCGUUUCUGUAAUUCCUCGCCGGUGAAGAUCGAUUAGGGCUCCAAUCGAAACAGGUAAAAUAGGAUUUAAACAGAUAGGGGUAUUGUUGUCAUUAUAUAAAUUGUACUUUUCUUUUUA